CCUGCCCCCUCUGUUCUUCAGUAUUCAAGCAUUCUUUUAACAUCAACGGUUGUCCUUGUCUACUACUGAAACUUAUUAAAUCCUAGUUUUGGCAUUUCACUGUCCAAGAACUACGUUUUCUGACUAACACAAGCCUAAAAUUAACAUGUUUUUUUUUCCCCACGGUGCGACUGAAGAAGGGGUCGUGUGAGCAACCAUAGUAGAGUGUACACACUUCACAAACUAUGCGAGGCUGAACAAUGAAUCCACCUGACUGGGAAGAUGCUUUUCGAAGACUGCAGAGAUGUCUGGACCCAAUAAACAGUGGUGUUAACAACAGCAUGGGAAAUGCCUUCAGUACUAAUAAUUACUGUGACACUUACUACGAACACUCAAGAUACACUGUUGAUGAACCACACAACAGCACGGGAGUGAAUGUGGGAUGGGAGGAACUCAGUCUCCCCUCCAGUAACUUUUACAAUAAGGAGUCAGAAGGCGAGGACCCGGAUGGAGACCUGCUGGAAAUAGAUGAGGAGGAUUCAGAGCUGGCAAGAAAACGGAAAGAGCUUAGAGAGAUAGAGGAGCAAAUAAUGCUUAAGAAGGCUGCCAUUGCCUUGAAAAAAGUUGAACCAAUUAUGAAGAAGACAAGACCACUAGGCCUUUCGUGUAAUGAACAGUCAGCUACAUGCAAAGGUGAAACUCUUCGAGACAGAGUGAAUUUAAUUUUGCUGCAACGACAUUCUCUCAGCUUUCUGUCAAAGGUCCGGUCACCCAAAAAGAGAACAAACUCAUCUAGCCUGAGCAGAGAUGGUAAGCUGCUUGAAGAGCAUCCCCUGAAACUGAGAGUGAAGGCACUAAUGAAGCAGAGAUGUUGUGACCCCUGUGUACAACCAACAAACACGGAGGUCCCUGAUGUCACACCGCCUCCCAGCCAAAGUGUUGCUUCACCAACCAAAGGGGAGAACAGCGACAACAAAGGUUUCCAGCGCUUCCUCAGUGUGCUGAACAAAGGUGUGGACAUCGACUUGCUCAGCAGGAUUGUCAAUGAUGACAGUGAGGAUCUUGCUUUAGGUGAGGAGCUCCUAAACAUUCAGCCACCUGCUGUGGAGAACAAGCCAGAGCCGGGCGAGAGCCAGCGAUCAAACAGUGGAGCUUCCCUGCUGGACCCCAGUCGGGCCAGCAGUGGAGAAAGUGAGACUGAGGCAUUGAUUACAGAGAGAUCCCACAACGAGAGACUCUCCCUGCCUGAUGAGGAAAAGAAGACUGACGGAGGAGACGACUCUUUUGGCUCUAGUAGUCGAUCAAAGUCUCCUCCAGCAGUGAAAAAGAAGAAGCAGAAAGAAGAAGAAAAACCAAAGGUGGAUGAGCAGCGUGAACAGCUACAGAACAUUCUUAAAACUCUGGGGUUGAGCCUGGAAGUGGAGGAGAUGAGCAAACUAGCAGACCGGACUCAGGAGAGGCUGUAUGGAAAGAAACAUGAAGGCAGAUGGGGGGCUGAAAGCAGAGGGGAGCACGAGAGUCACCGGAAAGGCACCCACAGACAUUACAGGAACUCCUCCUCCUCCUCUUCCUCCUCCUCCGCCUACUCCUCCUCCUCCUCCUCCUCUACCUCAAGAUCGACCUCUAGGAGCUUUAGUACCAGCCCCUCUCGCCUUUGCAGCUCUCACAGCAGAGACUCAAAACGAAGAAGAGCAUCUGAACGCAGCUGCUCAGGAAGCAGAAGCAGAGAUGGACUAACACUUCAUGACGGUAACCAGGACAGCAAGGAAGCACAGAGGCCCAGGGAUGUAGACAAAGACAGAAAAGACUCCAAACAGAUCUCUACAUAUCAUCAUCCAUAUCCACAAGAACAAACUUAUUCCUAUUCCCACCCUGCUGCUAUUUCGGCAUUUCCAGAUUACAGUUUGUCCCAGUACUCCCAGUACACUGCCUACUGCACUGGCACUUACAGUGCUGCUACAAAUUCUUACUCGGCAUUUACUCAGGGUGCCAUUCCUCCCCCUCUUGAUUCCAGCCAGUAUCCUUAUCCACAGAACAGCGACCUUUACUUUCCUGGCUCUGUAGUGGCACCUAACAUGGUUUACCCUCAUCAUGAUCCCUUUGAGGACAUUAAUUUACUUGUGAAUCCAGACCUGUCCAAGAGUGAAGGCCAGAUUGGAUCAGCUGGCUGUCGCUACCUGCGGGUCAUCAGCACUAAACAGUCAACCACUCGGAGCUGUCUAAAAGAACUCACAAAAGGUCACAAGAGGAAGGGAAAAUACAUAAGGAAGUGUCGUGUAUGGUUUCAAAAGUUAAAAGAGAGAAAUAGACAACAAAAAUUGGCAGCAAAAAGAGCAAAACAGAGUAAAGACUCUGCAGGGAAGGUGGAGGCUUCACGGGGUGAUGAAGAUGACUCAGAAACCGGGCAGUCAAAAGAGGAAAAAAUACAGCCAACAGAGGAAGAAAUAAAGGUGAACCUGAGGAAAAAGCUUGAAGCAUUUAACCAGAAGGUGAAGAAACAAGUCACACAGACAGCCAACCCCCUAACCUCUCAAACUGGUUAAAAUCUGUAGCGUGUCAAGACUGUCUUAAAUCUGAAUCUGCCGUGAUCCCUGACAGACCAUGUGGGCCUGAUGUUCAACACACAAAAAAUUAUUUACACAUGCAGUUCAUAGCCUAACAGGAACAUUAUGAAUUUAAGUCAUAUUUCCAGAUUUGUGUUGAAUGUGUCUUGAACUCCAACAAGUAAAAGGAUAUCUUCUUCAAAAGAAUAUUUUUGUGCAAUUUAUUGCCAAUUGGCAAGCAAGGUUUUGCUCACUUCAGCCCUUCAUUUCUGUGUAUCUGACUACUUUGUAACUCUGUUACACUAAUGUUCUCUUGGUACUGCAUAAAUUUGAUUAAGCAAAAUCUUUUUUGUUGGCUGUGUCUUAAUUUGAUGAGGAAAUAUAUAUAUUUUUUAGUCAAGUGUUAAGCCUGUAAAAUGCAUUCACCCACUAAUGGCUGU